CCUCCUCCUCCUCUCUGCGCUCCUCCCUGCCGCCAUUCCUCCUCUGCCCACUGCUGGGGCUGCUCACCUAGAGAAAUCAACUCCAAGAGGAAAGGGCAGUAGCAUGAAAACACCCCACCUACCCAAUCCCCCCUCUCCUUGCUUUCAAUGCCUCUGCGGCGGCAGCACUGGCCUGGCUGGUGAGCCGUACAUCCGAAGUUGCUUUGGCUUGUCCUGGGCAAGAUGAGGCCACAGACCAAUCCAGAGAGUAGUGAAGAGAAGGUUCUAAGUCGGAGCCUAGGAAGCUGGCCUUCCGGGGGCCCUUAUCCCCACCCAGCCCUCCCUGGGGUCAAAGCCGGGGCCUCCUGCGCACCCGCUCUUCCCACUGGGCUGCAGCGAAGCCCCUUGUGCACAUUGCCCUCCUGUCGUGGCAGAAGGCGCUUGGCUGCCCUUUGUGGCGCAGGAGGCUGCGUGGCGGCUCUUGGUAGAGAUGUGCCCAGGCAGUCAAAUCCUGUGUGGUGCUGCUUUGUAGAAUACAGUCCUGUGAUGCCACUGUUUUGUUCAGUUUCUGUGCAGGAGGCUACGCUCUCUUCUGUAUAGCUCCCAAACUUUCAUAUAUGUAAAAUAAAAAAACACUUAGCCCUGCAAAUAAACAGAUAAAUAGCCUAACUGAAGGGACUGCCUAAGCAGCUUUGUAUUUCAGCAGGAGAAAUAGAUGAGGCCCUGGUGACAUUUUCUUCACCUUCCCGUUGCACCUCAGUGCCUCUGAUGUCAUUGGCAGAACGAGUUGACCUAACUGGGCCUUCUCCUGGCUCUGUGUGGUUUUUUGUUAACCAGAUCCAACUGCUUUGUGUAAACCAAAACUCUUUGUAAGCCAAGUUUGUAGAACACACUGAAAAAUAUAGAUGUGAAGCUUGACUCUAAAAAUACAUUUAAAAAAAAAACAAUGGGAAACACAAUGGACUCCAUUUUAAAAAAUCCCACACAAUGUGCCUUUUCCAUUGCUACUGGUACAGCAUCUUUAUUCUCUUUGGUCCUUCGGUCUGAGACAAACCUUGGUCACUCUUGACCCCGGUGUAAGAGCAGCAGAAACUUGAACUCUUUCCCUGGCAGGAAUCCCUAGGGAAAGCUCUCCAAGGCAGACGUUCAGGAAGAGAGUGCACGAUGGCCCUGGAAACUGUGAAGGAGCUCUUGAGCUUUGACUGCGGCUUGCUGGUGGCUUACCAGGUGUACAAAAGCUCCCAGCUGGAGUCCAUCAGCUUUCAGACCAGCCAAAUGAGGGACGUCUUCUUACAGCACCCUGAGGUUGUGCUCAUUCAUCGAACCCACAACCCGUGGGGCAAGGCCCUCUACACCUUCAUGGUGGACCAGCCUUUCAUGCAGCUGGAAGGGGAGGUGACCAAGGUGAUCCACUUCGCCGUCCCCACCAGGGAGUCGGCGGAAGGCCUGGCUCAAAUGUACCGCACCUUCAAGGCCUUCAACCCCGAAUGGAAGCGGAUCAAGACCUUCCUGGUUGACCCGCGCUUCCGGUGGCUGCCGGCGCUGUCGGAAGCGUUCCCCUCUGUGGACGUCCAGCUGUCCGUCUUCCACAUAUGCAAACACUUGCAGCACAAGAUCCAGCAGGUCUCCCUGGAAGCCCACACGGAAAGGCUGGUUCUGAGCGCCUUGAGGAACGGCAUGUGUGCCCCCAGCGAGAGCAACUUGAGGAAGCUGUACACCGUCCUGUGUGGCUUUGUGAAGCCCAACCGCUUGCCCCAGCUCCACAAAGAAUGGCUGCUCAACGAGAAGAUCUGGGCCUUUCACCGCUGGCGGACCUGGGGCCAGUGCAGCCAGUAUUUCAAAGAUCUGGAGAUGCUCACACACAGCUUAAGCCAGAUCUUCUGCAUAGGACCAUCCCUGGAGACCUGCAUCACCAAAAUAGCAAAGACUUACCAGAAGGUUGUCCAGAAGAGCUCCGCGGAGUCUGCGCCAGGCCCAGGCCCUUUGCUCGGGGAGAACGGCUCCUCCAUCCAGAACCUGCUGGUGCUUCGCUCCUCUGCUGCAAACUCUCAGAGGUUUCUGCUUCCAAGGGAUUCUGCUCCGACCGCCGCGCCGACUCCCCUGAAGCCGGCGGCAGGGGUUGCUGCUGAAGAGUCAGCUCGCGAGGAGGAGGCAGAGGUGACUUCCAGAGAGGCUGAGGAGCGGAUCAAGCAGUCCUUGAGCGACAUCUGCACAGAGCCGGCGGCCAGGCUGUGCUUGAACGAGUUUGCGGUUGUCCAGAGCUCUGCGCAGUUGAUGGGAAACAACGGAGAGGUUGCCAGCGUACAGAUCCUGGAAGACGCCCAGGCCGUGCGCCACAAGGGCCUCAGCAGCUGCACCUGCCACUUCAGCCAGACCUUCCAGCUGCCCUGCCGGCACGUCCUGGCUGUGCUGAACUCCGAAGGGAAGGCUUUCGAGCCCGGCAGGAUCCCAGCGCGGUGGCGCAAGGGAAACAGCACAUCCCAAGAGGGACAGAGCAGUUCUGAUGGGCUGCUGGAGGUCCUGAGUUGCUCGUGGGACAAGUUGUUGGACAAGUACCUGGCUGUGUCGUUUCUCACUGCGGAGAUCAGCCGGCUUCUGAGCCAGUGCAGUCACGAGGAGUUUGAUCGCAGGUACAGCACCCUCCGCGAGCUGGCCGACAGCUGGAUUGGGCCUUACGUGCAGGUGAAGUUGUAAUUAGGCUCAGGGGCACUACUGGGAGCAGACCCUUGGGCUCGCUGGUCUGGGGGAGCAGCCUCCUCUAGCAGGGCUCUCCUCAGAAGUGCCGGAGACUUGAGGUUAACAUUUCAUUCAUCUCCGAGUGUCUGUGGGGCUCCUCCUUUGUGGAGGGAGCUUUGAUGAGCAGCUCAAGACUCUGUACACAACUGCAAACCUGUGCUCUUGUCUGAGACUUUGCCGGCAACUCAGUGGCGGCUCAGGGGUGCCUGACAUGACCUACGGUCCCCGUGAAGCCCACCCCCUCGUCUCUCUGCAUUACUAUUCCCCUAAGUCAGUUGGUUUUAACCCCGCCAGCAUGUCUGGUUCUCCAUGUCAAAGGGGACCAGGUGUGUCCCCCCAAGUCCUUUUUUCCUAUCCCUCCCCCCCCUUGAUUAUUGAAAUGGGGCCCCCUGCACCCAGCGAGAGCAGGACUUCUCUUUCGUAAAUGUCGUCAAUAAACAAGUCUUUCCUGUU